AAUCUGACACAAUGAACUGAAAAAUACCCAAAAUUUUAUCCAAACCAAUUUUUUUAAUUUGAAAAUUUUACCUGAAAUCAAAAACUAUAAUCGUAAAUCAAAAACUUAAGAAAAAAAUAUUCAUAAUACUGGAAACAUAUUCGAAAUAUCGAAAUAUACCUAAUAAACACAUAUUUAUGAUCGGAUCUAGGAUAGGACCCGAACUCAAACAAAGAAAUGCGGGUCCAAAAAAGACCAAAUAGGUUAUCUUCUCUGGACCUGAACUAAACCUAUAUUUGUGGGUCGAUUCGGUUUGUUUUUUUGAUCCGGAUAUAAUUCUCAUGCCUAAAAGAAACUUACAUAAAAGUGUAAAAUCUUAAAUAAACAAAUUUGUAGAUUAUAUAACUGUUAAAAAUUUGUUUUUCUAUAUAAUAAAACUUUGUAUUAUAAUAUAAUCUAACAAUUCCGCGCUUGGGGUUUUCCAAGCGCGGAUCAAAAUCUAGUUUAGUUUUAAAAUGGGCUUCUCAAAAGUUUUUAAUCUUUAUUCAUUUUUUGCAGGAGUUCCACCAGUGGGUGUGAGACAGGUCCAUCCUUUCCAAUGUUAGCGUUACCACUAGUCACCACGUUCACACUUGCACUGAACGUCGGCACAGCACCGUUGAUAUUGUUGAUAGACACAUUUACUGUCCUAAGCAUAGGCAAAGUGGUAAGCUUUGUCGGUAUACUCCCGAUGAGGUUGUUAUUAGAAAGAUCGAUCGUUUCCAAAGAAGUAAGCUUAGCAAAACUCGGAGAUAUCGUACCCGUGAGCUCAAACCUCCGUAGGUUAACCACUGUAACAUCACUUCCGGAACAAGUAAUCCCGGGCCAGCUAUCACACGGAUCAUUCCCUCUCCAGGCCGUGGCUAGCUUCACCGGAUAUACGACAGUGGGACGAAGCCGGUGAGCAUAUUAUGUUCUACAUUGAACGAUCUCAGAUACUGUAAACCGGAGAGAUCAGGGAUCGGACCGGAAACGUCAUUGUUUAGCAGAUCAACCUCGACGAGAUCGGAUAGUUUCCCGAGAUCCUGAGGGAGAGUCUCGGUGAUCCCUUUCUCUCUGAGCAGGAUCCUUGUGAUGCGGUUGUUUUCACCGCAUAUGACGCCGUCCCAUUUGCAAGGGUCAGGGUCCGACCAGUGGACGUCUGAUGUGAGGUUAAGGUAGGAUUUGAGGGAUUGCAUGAUCGUCGCAUCGUCCUAAGAAACAGUGAAAUUUAGGAGGGAGGAGGAAAAGAUGAGAGCUGGUCAUUUUCGUCGGGAAAAGUGAAACUGACUACUCGAGAGAUAGAGAAGAGAGUGUUGUGUGUGGACUACUCGAGAAGAAAGUGUUUGUUCGGGAGUGAAAAAUUGCUCUAUUAAUAAUUUUGAUUAAACAGUAUAAAAUGGGGAAAAUAUUCGUAGUCAAAACAAAUGAGAUUAUCUGCUAUGUUAAUGUUUGUAUAUAUCCUAAUUUAAUGUUUGUAUAUAUCCUGAAUGAUCAUAUUUUAAGUAAGAAGAUUGAAACUAUUGACUUGAUUGAAUGCAAAUUUGGUAACUCUCUGACCACUUCUAUGGUAAGAAGGAAACAUAUAAAAAAUCUACGCAUCAAGAUGAGAAAAAAAUGAUAUGGUCUUUGAUUUAUUAUUUUCUUAUCUAUAUCUUUUAUGCUGGAUAAAUAUUACAAACUAUAAAAAAUAUUACAAACCAUUUUAUAACUGAUAAUUUUAUAUGUAUGAUGAAAAUUCACGUAUGAGUGUAUCAUAUACGACAGUUUUUUGUAUGUAUUUCUAUUAUUAAUUUUUUUCGGCUCCAACUAAUAAUUAAGGAUAGAAUACUACCAUAUUUUUUAGGUAAUUUAUUUCAUAUUUUACGGAUAUCUAAUUUUCUAAAAUUUACUUUGCUUAAAAGUAUGAUUUCCAUAAAUCUAAUCUAUUAAAUUAGGAUCCUAUUUGAAUUUUACCAUGUCAUAUUUUAUUUUGAACCUAUUAAAUAUGUUGUGACCAAAUACAGAAAUACACUAUAUAUAUAAUAUUAAACAGAAUCUCGCUUAACAUCACUCCUAUAUUUAUGCUAAACAUAAUUAAUUAAUAUCUCAUUUCAUCAUAUAUAUUACAUUUCAUAUCAUUUUGACGUUUAACAAGGCUCCUUAUUUCCUUAUACAAAUUAUUUCAUUCAUCUAUCUAUUAAAUAGUAGGUAAACCAAAACAUUAAUAGUAUUAUUUUUUGGUGCAAAAUUAAUAGUAUUAUACCAAAUAAGACGUCAUACAUUUAGUAACAAAUCUCAUUCAACAUAUCAUGCAAUGUCAUUUUACUAUUAUACCAUUACAAAUAGGGUGGACCUUCGGAUACUCAUUCAGGUUCAGAUUGUGUAUUUCGGAUUUUUGGUAUAAAACAUGUUCGGUAUUUCUAUACUUCGAGUCGGACUCUGAUAUUUUCAGUUCAGGUUUGGUUAUCUCGCGUCAGAUUCGAAUAUUUAGAUUUUGAAUUUUUUUAAAAAAUUCUGCAUUUCUCAAAGUUUUGUAUUUAAAAAAAUAUAACUUUUUUUUUUGUUAAAGAAAAUUUGGAGACAAUAUUUUUAAAAUAAAAACACUAAUAUACAUAUUGGCUUUUUCUCACUAAUAUAAAAUAUUUUUAAAAUGGAGACAAUAUUUUUAAAAUAAAAACACUAAUAAAAACACUAAUAUAACUUUUUCUCAACUGGCUUUUUAUUUUUAGCAAAUUAAAUGAUUAACAAAUUUGGAGACAAUAUUUUUAAAAUAAAAACACUAAUUUGGUUAUUUAAAAAAAAUUGGAUAUAACUUUUGUUAAUGCAUGAAACAAAAAGCUUGGGCAAAUCGUUUUUUCGUAAUUAUAUGUAUAUUAUAUGAUCUUAAAGUAUAUUUAGUACCAAUAUAAAUAUUUUAAAUAUAAUAGGAGUUGUAAACUAGAAAUAUAAGGUUAAAUAUACAUAUGUUCGGAAUCUUCGAACAUCCAUUCGGGUUUAGAUAUUUUUCGCUCGGAUUUGGAUAUUCAUUUUCUUCUAAUUCAAUACUCAUUCGGGUAUCUUGCUAUUACGGUUCAGACUUUGGUUCAGGUUUUUCGAGUCGGGUUCAGAUAACGAGUAAAAUGUCCAGACCUAACUACAAAUAUUUUCAUUUGAUAAUCAAGAAAUGACAUAUUUAAUUUGAUUAUCAAUUUAUUAUAUAACUUAAUAUUGUUACCUUUCAUCAGUUGAGUUUCAUUAUUCUCAAACAAAAAAACCUUUAUAUAUAUAUUAAAUUACUUUACUAAAAAUAAAAACUGCAUUAAGCACGGGUUAUAAUCUAGUUACUCAUUGUAUUGGAAUAUCGGUUGUAUUGUAUUCGCUGAUACAAAAAUACAAAUAUAUACAACAUUAAAAUAAUUGAAACUAUAAUUUUAUUAAAUAUAGUAGGAUUAUUAAAGUUUUUUUUGGUCAACUAUAUAUAAAUUUAUAUAUAAAAACUCACAUAUAUUACUAGAAAUAUAGAUACGUAGUUGAAGAAAAGUAUCUCACACUAACACCGUCGUAUUAUACGCACCAACCGUACAAAUUUAUUUCACGAAAAUACGAAAUGGUAGAUCGAAGACCUUUAGACCACCUCCAUCGGGGGACUCCUAAGUGGAGUUUCAACCAAAAAGAACAAAAAAAUAAAUAAAAAAGGCAAAAAGAAGAAAGGACCGCGUCUUAAAUUGGGCUUUUUAGGACUGGUAAGGAACCCUUACGUGGCAAAAUCCUAUUCGACCAUCCCUUAAUUUCUCUCUCUCCUUCGCCUCGCGAAACCAUCGACUAACGAAACCAGUUUGGCUUCCUCCUCCAUUCUCGAUCAAUCUGUCUCCAAUCUGAGAAACCGAAUCUAUUUGGGAGCUUAUCAAACGGCGAUCAACAACAGCGAUAUCCCUAACCUCUCGCCGGACGACGCUGUGGAACACGACUGCCUCGUCUUCCGCUCUUACAUCUCCCUUGGGAUGUGCUCUGUAUUCAUUGAUGAACGUGGCCGAGAUCCACAAGUCAAGGAGCGUGCAGAGACUGAUAUAUCUGUUCCACAUGCUCCUGUUCGAGCUGCUACAAAAGGUCUUGGAGAGCAAAAGGCUAGUGAUUCAACUGAAGGCAAGGAUCAUGAUGACCACCUGGCAAGUAGGAAAAGUAUGCUUGAUGCUAUUGAACGUGAGUUUGAAGAUAUUUCAACACAUUCCUCUCUAUGAGUCUUGACAAAGUAUAUGAAUCCAAAUCAGAAUGUUAUAGGAAGAGUUUGCUUAUGUAUUAUUUUUCAUAUUCCAUGUAUCCAAUCAUUCAACUUUAGAAAAAAACUUAAUUUUUUUUUAAGAAACCUCAAUGAAGUUCUCCCAUUGAAUGAUGAGAAAAUUAAUUAGACUA